GUUCUCUCUCUUCUCUCUUUCUCUCUCUCUUUCACACACGCACGCAUACACACACAUGCACGCAGACGGCAACUUUCCUCCAUCGGACUGAUACCAACACACGCGCCGGGAUAGACACACUCCCCUUGCUACGGUUGAGAAGAGGAUAAGGAGUGACAGAUCAGAAAAAAGAGAGAUACAGGAAGAAAAAAAAAGAGAGGAAGUUCCCAGGCGAAGAGGAGGAUUGCUCUGACAUCUCAUCCUGUACAAGAUGGCAAACCUUGUGACAUCGCUCUGCUGUGUAGUUCUGGCCGCGGUGGUGGUAGCGUACGCUCAAAGACGCAGUCAGCUUGUUGCUAGGAACCAGUAUGAGCGAAUGGGCAGUGAUGUCACCAUGCAGUGCGGCUCCCUGGACAAUGACGCGUCAGUGUCAUGGAAGGUAAACGGGACAGACGUGAAAGCCCAGCACCGUCUCGAGGGUCCCAGACUGAUGCUGACCGAAGUGGACCUGGGCCACAACGGACUUUACAGCUGCUUUCAGAACCCACAUGGAGAGAGGCGGGACACCAUCUACCUCCACAUCGGCAUUCCCCCUCGGGAGCCCACAGUCACCUGUCGAUCCAACACCUACCCAAAAGGCUUCUACUGCAGCUGGCACCAACUGCACCCGACGUACAUCCCCACAACCUUCGAAGUCGACGUGCAACACAACCAGCGAUCACUGGAGGUGCAGAAAGAUCCAGACCACAAGAACCGCUGUCGUGUACGUUUUCCCGAGGUCUUCUCCAGCUUCCCCUACAAAGUGAAUGUGACGGCAGUCAAUGCUUUGGGGAAAGCCUCGACCACAUUUUCUUUUGAAGAAUCCAGUAUAGUUAAACCGGACCCCCCGGAGCGUGUGACAGCGACCCCGAUUCGUUUCAACGCCCGCAGGCUGGAGGUGUCCUGGCACAGCCCCGCCACCUGGCCCGACAUCGACAACUUCCCUCUGAAAUACUUCCUUCGAUACCGGCCACUCAUCAAAGAGCAGUGGCAGCAUGUGGAGCUAUCUGACAGCACUUCCCACACCAUCACCGAUGCCUAUGCUGGGAAGGAAUACAUCAUCCAGGUGGCUGCCAAGGACACAGAGAUUGGAACAUGGAGUGACUGGAGCGUUGCUGUCCACGCCACACCCUGGAUUGAAGAGCAAAUUACUUCCACAACCGAAGUGGACUUUUCUACUGAGACUAAGACCUCCCCCAUACCAUCCUCCAAUGCACCACAAAAGGCUGAACCUCCAGUGGGCAGAGCUGCCGGACUCCUCACAUUUUUCUCCCCUUUGCUGUUAGGAAUGCUGCUGCUUUUCAUGUGAUUUAAUUGUCUUAUUCCUGAAGGGACUAGGAGGAGGAAGAAGAGUAGGAGGAGAAGGAGGAGGAGACCGGUCUUUUUUCUAUUUUGCACAUGUUUCCAGGAUACAGUGCAUUGCUCAUUUCUGUCCAUCAUUCAGUUACUCACCGAGAUUACUUAGACAUGAAACUUGACGAUGAUUAUACCAUUCAGCAUUUUUGAUAAAUGGAGACGAAAAAAUUCUUCAGAGGAGCUUUUGAAAGCGGCUCCGUCAACAACAAUAGCAACCGGAGCAGCAACAACCCCAACAGCAGCAGCGAUAUCAGCAUAAACAGUCUUAUAUUACCCCCUUGUGGCUUUGGUUGGCCACAGCAGACUUGGUUUGGUAGACAACAGUUUGGUUUGGGAAUCUCCUCUUCAGAGCAAGAAAAUCAACUAUUCCAAUGACAUAAAAAAAUCUCCCCAUUACCUUUUUGUCCUUUUUUUUAUUAUUGAUUAUUAAUUAAUUUUCACUUUCUUCUGAAAUUGCAGCACUGUACAGACAAACACACACACAUGCAUAAGAUAUGUGUGUGUGUCUUUGUGUGUAUAGUAACCGUAGCAGUCCUCAUACAGCUAAAUCAUCAUGCCAAAGACUCAACUUCACCCCCCAAAACAAAACAGUUCCCAAAAAAUUCACUGAGCUCCCUGAUGCUCGUUUCUGCCUCGUGGGUCAAAACGCCCGGAAAGUUAUUUGGGCGUGUACACAACACCAAAUUGAUUACCAACUCAAACAGUACACACAUGAAACUUGGGACGAGCUCCCAUAUGUGUAAACAUACCAUUUAUCAAAUACUCAAUCAGACUCUGAAUCCAACUGACGGAGCGAGUUGUUGUAUUCGAUAUGAGGACUAGACUAAUAGUCUGGCCUAUUUAGACCAUUAGCUUUACACUCUACUUUCAAUGACUGGUAAAGGACCUGGAUUGUAAAAAAAUAUAAAAUAAAGUGGAUUUGAGACUGAACAGGUCUUUGCCCACCCAUUUGUUCGACAUCGAUGAAGUUGGUUAUUGAAACAUUGAAACGAGCUGUGUUGUUUUUCAAUUCUGCUCUGUGCUGUAAAAUAAAAUAACACAAAACAGUUUGCUUACAGAAUUCUGACGCCUUUACAAACAUAAUUUUGUUUUGUCUUUUUGCAGUUUACAUUUCAAUAGCCAAUAUCACCAGUUAAUAUUAUGUUAUUCAAAGGAAUAUUGAUGUGUUCUAUUGUAUUUUUUUAUCUUAUGGACAAAUAAUACAAACACACAUAUAGGAUUUUAGUUUUUUUCUUUCAGACAUUCAUAAUGGCUUAAUUCUCCUUUCUCAUAUUUUGUAAACUAUGAUAUGUAACUUUAACAUUGAACACAAAGUUUAUUAUUUAAUAAUAAUAAUGUAUGUAUUAGCAGUAGAAUGUCGUAACCUGUACCUGGGGUCUUUUUUAUAGAUGUAUAUACAAUGACAGGUUUCAACCAUUAAAUGUGACCAUUUCACAAUGAAUAAUGACA